AUGCCAGGAUCUGAGCAGCAACCUCCUCUGCCGAGGGAGAGGCCCAGACGCCGAUGUAUUGGUUUUAAACAGGUUGUGGAAGCUACUUUGGAAGCCUCCAGAGAGCGGAGGGACAAUCCGCAACCAUGGAUUGUCAGGAAGAUUAUGGUACCAGUAGUUCUGGCAAUAAUCGGUUACACUUAUUAUGUGUACGUUGUGCGUUUGUGCAUAUCGAUGGUCCGAAGGAAGUCUGGCGCUUCUGGUUCACGCAGGGAGGGAAUUGCGUUCUUAGUUGUUUUUCAUUCACUCUUCGCCAUGCUUUUGUGGACAUACGCCAAAGUCGUCUUGACUCCAGCGGGCUUCGCACGGGAGUACAUCCCCAAGAGCCCUCCACCUGCCAUGGCCCAAUCUCAGCAUAGGCAUCCGUACGAUGAAUCGCUCAUGACAUACCCUACGAGCAUCGGCGGUCCAGAGUAUGCGCCCUCUGAAGGAUAUCGAAGUGCGUCAUCGUCCCGACCCCAGAGCCCCACAAGAUCCGGAUCGUAUGCUCAACCGACCAUUGUCUCUCCAGUUCCCUCAUUGCAAGAUGGGGUCGUAGAUGAUCCCGGAAACGACCAUAAUGCGCAUAGGCCCCCGACCUCACCCCCUGACUCUCAUGCACUACAUAAUAACCAAGCUGCGAAUGACCUCGUCGAGAUGGAUGCUAUUCCCGCAGUGACCACAAUGAACGCAGAAGGUCAAUUAACUCCGCCGCCAGAUAAUGAACAACAUUCCAACACGGAUUCUAUACCCCGGGCCUGCCCGCCUCCCUCUAGACAACCUCCUUCCCAUCCUGCCCUGGCUCCGCAAUAUCGUUAUUGUCGAAACGACGAGAUAAUCAAGCCCCCCCGUACACACCACUGUCGAAUAUGCGGCACUUGCGUGCUCAUGUUCGAUCAUCACUGUCCAUGGAUAGGUCAAUGUGUUGGCGCCGGAAACCGACGGUUUUUCCUCCUGUUCUGCGCCUGGUGUUUCCUUUUCUCUUUCUGGACGGCCAUAACAUUAUUAAUACCCACCGCAUUACACGCGAACAACGGUGAUCCACAGGAGAUCGUGAUGAUAUUCGUCGCUGCGCUCUUUUCGCUAUUUACGGGAUCACUUGCUACUAACCACUUUACACUAAUUCGGUAUAAUUCUACAACAGUUGAACACCUGUCGGUUACUCGUAUGCGACAACGCGAGCGCGCGGUACUUGCAAAUUACUUCAAGAUUUGGCAGUGCCGUGAAAAGCGAUAUUUAUUACGGCAGUGGGAUGAAGAAUGGGGAAGACUUGGGACAGAAGGGAACUUGUGGUGGCUUGGGAGUGCCCAUGCAAAUUGGGAAGCCGUGAUGGGCAAAAACCCUUGGUAUUGGAUUUUCCCUAUAGGAAAAAGUUUUACAGACGGACUGGACUUUCCCCGGAACCCACGUUUUUCCGAAGACGGACGGUGGCGACGACGAGCCGAAUGGCCCCCUAAUGGGCUCUGACUUGCGAGUGAAAGCCCUCAGUCUGGGCCCUGCUAUUAUUGGUUCUGUUCAGGGGUGGUUUUUGGUUGUACCUCUUGCCGCAUCUCCGCUUUACAUCACGUAAAACGGUAAGUAUGGAUGCGUGCAAUUGGGUAGUCGACCAUGUUGUGGAUCUUGAUUCUGUUCGAGAACGCAUGAAGGAGAGAGGUGAAGAUACAUUCCACGUUGAGGCGCAACAAGUUGAUGUAGAAUGUUAUGAUUACGUUGGAUAUAAACGUUGCAAGGUACAGAUGAGCUUAGGCUAUUAAGCAACGAACAACUUUGUCUCCGGGGUCAUCGUCGCCGUCGGACUUGAGGGUGGAAGCAUUGGUAGACAGCCUCUCUAAAGUGUUGGAUCCGGAUGUCACAAUCACGGUUGAAUUG